AUGGCGAAUUCCAAGAUCCCCCUUCCCGAGUACCUCAAGGUCCUUACUCAUGGUCUGUCCAUGCACAAAGCAAUGCAGAUAUCUGGUAAAAUAUACAAGACUUUCAACACUCCUGCUCAGCUUUCAGACUUAUCUGAACUAAAACUCAAGUCCUGCGGUAUUGAUGACAAGGAUGACCGCAAGAAUAUUAUGUCUGCUAUCCGAAAGGCUGGGUUCAGCUCUGACUCACAAGCAGAGGCGGGCCCAAGUGACCAGCCUAUGACCACCUCUACGCCAACGAAGAAGAAGCGGAAACAUGAUGCUAAAGACGUCAACGAAUUCUUACCGAGUGGUCCCACUGAUGAAGCCGCGAAAUACGGUAGCUUGGAUUUCAACGAAGUUUUGGAUACAGAAAUCCUCAUCAAGAAGAGCACCGUUAUCAACCGCGCACCUCUAAUGACUGCGUGGGCCAUGGUUGUCGCAGAGCGACUCGGGUUCCGGAGAGAAGAGGCUCUGAGUAUCGCAUCCGUAUACACCGAAAUGAAUGCUCUCUCUAAAGGAGUAUCACUAGGAAUAUACAAGGACGGUAAACAGAAGGGCCUAGACGCAAUCAAAGGAGGCUCACAGCCUUACGUCGAGUUGAUGGGUAGAAGUCCCCUAUAUCAAUCUCAGUCCAAUCAAUGGCGCGCCCUGCUCAACAGUAAACCAGCUCAGCCCAGUUCCCCCUUCUCCUACAUUUCCCGAUCUUUUCGUCAAACGACGCCCCACAUUAUUGGGGCUUUACGACUGCUAGCAGAAAGCUUCCCUCCGAAGGAACUCAAUAACAAAGGUUGGGCUCUGUAUGCCGAAUUUCGACCCUCGGUAAACGGAUGGGGGGAGAGGUCCGAGGUUAAAUGCGAAACCAUAUUAAACCUACGGAAUACAGUCGUGAGAGCCGCGGAGACAACUAGCACAUCAAAGGAAGUAGAGUCAUCAUGUUUUGACGUUGUACAGUUUGAAGAAUGUGCAUCAUCAAGCGAUGCCCAAGCACAUAAACGACAAAAGACUUUUGACGACUAG